AAAUAAAAAAAUUAUUCUAUUUUUUUUUUAUUUCUUCAACGGAAGUGCCAGGUACAAGAUUUUCUCGUUCAGAUAAAAUAAGUAUGACGGAUACAGAAGACCAGUUACAUCUGCUUAAAAAACAUUGCUCGAUAAUACUGGAAAGUGGCAAUGCACUAAUAGAUAUCGAAUUUGAGAGACUCAAAUAUCGAUCCUCAGAGUAUGUAAGAGUCCCGACAUCAGAAGGUUCAAAAGAAGUUAAUCGCAAGAAAAAUCGUUACAAAGACAUUUUACCAUUUGAUCAUAGCAGAGUUGUGUUACCUAAAGAAAGAUUUGUGGAUGGAUCAGAUUACAUCAAUGCCAACAUUAUUACAGAUGAAAAAUCGAAAGUCUGCUAUAUAGCUUCACAAGGUCCAUUGCCAAGCACAGUUGAUGAUUUCUGGAGAAUGAUCUGGCACUAUAAUGUGACUUUGAUAAUUAUGGUUUGUAAGGAAGUGGAGAAGGGCAAGCCUAGAUGCCAGAGAUACUGGCCAUACAGUGAAGAAGUAAUACAGCAAAAACACAUGAAAAUUUCCUUGGCUGGUGAAAAAAAAUAUACACAAUCUCUCAAAAUGAGGCAAAUAAAAGUUACGAAAGGCAAUAAGGAGCGUUUAGUAACACAACUGCAUUACAUGGACUGGCCAGAUCAUGGUGCACCUGAAACAACUGAAGCUGCAAUGCAGUUAAUUGAAAUAUUACACGAAACCUAUCCUAAACAUGAUCAGCCUAUUCUUGUACAUUGCAGUGCUGGGUGUGGUAGAACAGGCGCUAUCAUCGCAAUUGAUCGUAUUACAAAACUUAUUCAGGAUAGGGCAAAACAGAUAAAUGUUUAUGACGUUGUUCUUGAUUUGAGACGACAAAGACCAGCCAUGGUACAAACAAAGGAACAAUAUGAGUUUGUUUAUAAAGUCGUCCAACAAAUGGUGGAAUCUGAAAUUGAAAGACAUGAUGCUGAUGGAGUUUCGCACAAGUGACUAAACGAAUCAAAGUAUAAGACAUGAACUUGUAAAAUUUUACACACUUCAUUUAAAGGAAACACCUUGUAUUUACUCUUCAAUAUUAAAUGUAAACAUAUAUUGAUUGAAAUACAAGUUGUCAAUUUUUUUUUUA